AUGGUGGUGAUGAAGAUGAAGUUCCCCUUUCAGAAAAGGGUGAAGUUGGCCCAGGGACUGUGGCUCCUCUCCUGGUUUGCCACAGUGGCCGGGGCCAUCACCUUCACCCUGGGCUGCAUCCUCAAGACGGAGCUCCGCAGGAGGGCAGAGGUAAUGGAUAACUCUGACAUUCAUGUUGUGCCCAACACCCUCAUGAUUGUCGGUCUGGCCUCGUUGGGCAUCAACUACUUUGCCUCAAAGAUCUGUCAGGAUGCUCUGGACGCCGGGCGAUUCCCCCGCUGGAAGAACAUGCUGAAGCCCUAUUUUGCCGUCUCUUGUUUCUUCACUGUCCUCAUGCUGCUAGCCGUCAUCAUGAGCUACGCCAUGAAGGGCAGCCUGGAGUCUUCCCUGAAGGCCGGCCUGAGGAACGGCAUCCGCUUCUACAAGGACACCGACACCCCGGGCCGCUGCUUCCAGAAACAGAACAUCGAUCGGCUGCAGAUGGAGUUUCAGUGUUGUGGGAACAAUGACUUCCGGGACUGGUUUGAGGUGCAGUGGAUCAGCAACCGCUACCUGGACUUCAGCUCCAAGGAGGUCAAAGACCGCAUCAAGAGCAAUGUGGACGGACGUUACCUGGUAGACGGAGUCCCUUUCAGUUGCUGCAACCCCAGCUCUCCGCGGCCGUGCAUCCAGUACCAGCUCACCAACAACUCAGCUCACUACAACUACGAAUACCAAACGGAGGAGCUCAACAUCUACCUGCGCGGCUGCAGAGAGGCGCUGGUCAACUACUACAUGGGCCUGAUGAACACCAUUGGGGCUGGAGUUCUGUCUGUCUUCCUUUUACAGGGCUCUGUGCUGGUGAGCUUGCGGUUCCUGCAGACCGCCAUGGAAGCACUGGCGGGGAAUGAAAACACAGAGAUUGAGACAGAAGGGUACUUGCUGGAGAAAUCAGUCAAAGACACCAUCAUGGAGUACCUUGACCCCGUGUUGAAGUUCCUCCUGCUUACAAACCAGGUGGAGGAGGGCACUCCUGGAGCCGCAGCCCCGGCUCCAGCACCGGCAACUAAAUAA